AGCUCGCAGCGAGACGUUUUCAGCACGGAAGCUCUGAAGCUCCGGAGUCAACAGGCAUGAAGAAGGGACGUGCAGCAAAGCAAUGCAAGAUGAGGAUGGCUCAGGGUUGCAGCGUGGCAUCCUUGUUGAACUGCGCCGACAACAGCGGAGCCAAGAAUCUCUACAUUUUUGCCGUUAUUGGCAUUGGAGGCCGCUUGAAUAAGCUGCCCAAUUGCUCCCCGGGCGAUUUGGUGCUGUGCAGCGUGAAGAAAGGAAAGCCCGAGCUCCGCAAGAAGGUGCUGAAAGGUGUGGUGAUUCGCCAGAAGAAGGCAUGGAGACGACGUGAGGGCGUCUUCGUUUACUUCGAGGACAAUGCCGGAGUCAUCGUCAACGACAAGGGCGAGAUGAAGGGUUCAGCCAUUCAGGGUCCCGUGGCGAAAGAGUGCGCAGAGCUUUGGCCGAAGAUCGCCAGCUGCGCCCCAGCCAUCUGCUGAGAUGCGCGGCUUGAGACCGAACCUGCGAUGCUUGAAACGGUGGAACGCUUUAAAAG